GGUCGCCGCCCCCCUCAGUCCUCCCGCUCCCCGCCCCGCAGUCCUCCAGUAUCCCAGCGUGCCGCGCAGGCGGUCCUCCCGCUCCCCGCCCCGCAGUCCUCCAGUAUCCCGCCGUGCCCCGCUCCCAGAGGCCUUUGCCAUGGCGCAGGGUCGCUUCAAACUGGCGGCGCGGAGACCGGCGGCGGGAAAACCCCGGAGCGGAGCCCGGGGGCCGCGGAAGGGAGGACGAGUAAUCGCUCCCAAAAAGAAGCAAGUGAUUCAACAGCAGAAACUAAAGAAGAACCUGGAAGUAGCUAUAAGGAACAAGAUUGAACAUGAUGUCACCAUGAAAGCCAGCUCCAACAUGCCCAAGAAACUCAACAUUGUGAAAGCACCGCAGAAAAAACAAACAGCAGACAAAUAGGCACAUGCAGGAUUGGGAAAACCUUCGAGAUAUUGGAAAAACCUUGGAGAUAGUGGGAAAAAAAACAGAAGGCUACCCAGUCAACAGUUGCUAAAUGAGACCUCUGGAAUAGCCCUGACACAUUGAAUAUUAAAAACAGUUGGUUUUA